AGGUUCAAAACCGCGCCCCGUGUGCCCGCACUGGGCAAAUACCUGGGCCUAGGGACACAACCGUUGCGGCAUUUAAUCAUAAGGCUGAAAAAUGAUUAGUCAUCCCUCCGCCCCAAACACAAACAUACACACGCUUCCGCCCCUGGCUUGUUAUAGUAGGCUACAAUCUGAGCAGGUGAAGUUCCAGAAAAAAAACUCGCUCCUGUCCGGCAGAACGAUGAAUGUGAGGAGAGUGCAAAAGACAGUUCUGAGUGUGGAACAGGAAGAGGGGCUCGGCGCUCGGGUCCGCAGGAGCAUUGGGAGAAAGGAGCUGAGGAACCUGGAUCCUUUUUUGAUGCUGGAUGAGUUUAGAGUGAGCAAGCCAGCGGGAUUUCCAGACCAUCCUCACAGAGGAUUUGAGACGGUAACAUAUCUUUUAGAGGGGAUCAUAGCUCAUGAAGACUUUUGCGGCCAUUCAGGACGACUGAAAUCUGGAGAUCUGCAAUGGAUGACUGCAGGACGGGGGGUGGUCCAUGCUGAGAUGCCCAUGUCAGAGGAGCCGGUAGUGGGCUUACAGUUGUGGGUUAACCUGUCAAGGCAAGAAAAGAUGGUGGAGCCUGCGUACCAGGAGCUUAAAGGGUCAGAUAUCCCCAAACCCAGCCAGGGAGGAGUUGCGGUCACUGUGAUAUCUGGAGAAGCUUUAGGAGCAAAGUCCAAGAUCUACACGAGAACUCCGACGUUAUACCUGGACUUCAAAUUGCAGGCAGGGGCCACGCAUGUGCAGCCUGUCCCUCAAGGUUGGACCACGUUCAUCUACACACUAUCAGGAUCCACUCAUGUUGGCCCAGAUGAGGAGCAGCAGCAGGUGGAACCUCAUCACACUGUGGUGUUUGGGGAUGGAGACUGUGUCAAAUUUGAAAACAAGGGCUCCGAGGUUUCCCAUUUUGUGCUGAUUGCUGGACAACCAAUCAACGAGCCUGUGGUACAACACGGUCCAUUUGUCAUGACCACAGAGGACGAGAUCAGAGAAGCUUUCAGAGACUACCAGAAUGGCAGAAAUGGCUUUGAGAGGGCUCCAAACUGGAGAUCCAAGAUCAGGGAUUCUGUUUGACCACCACAUCCUGAUACUCCUUUGCCCGUUAGAAAACAUUUGUUUUUGAGAACUUGUUUUUAUUUCUUAAGCUAUGAUUUAUGUGUGAUUAAAUUAAACUUGUUACAUGAAAUGACCAGAGCAGGAAAUAUGCUUGUAAGAACUUUGUUGUGUUUUGGUACAAAGGUAAUCAGGGUUUGAAUUAAAGUAGAGGAUCUGCAUUUAACAUGAAGUUAAGGUUACGGUAAUGCAGUGGCCAUGGUAAGAAGAGACACUGGCUAUCAGUUUGAAACAGGAAAUGGAUAAACUACCCUGACUUCCUCACUAGACUGAGAGUGACUCUAUAACACUGAACUUCUUAUGUUAUUAUGGCCACUACAGGUCACUGUCAACAAAAUGUUUCAAAGGGUUGCUGCUUGAACAAACAGCUGUUUCAGUCGGGGCAAAAUCAUUUUCAUUUGUGUGAGAGUUACAGCACUGUGCAAAAGUCUCGAGCCAUACCUCAUUUCUUUAUAUUUUGCUUCCAAGGUCUGAACCAACAAUUCUGACCAAUACUGACCAAUUAGGGACUUUGUUACUUGCAGCCUGUCACAAAAACACAUCAUUUAUUCACAUUUUUUUUUAGCUUAAUCUCUGAAAAAUGCCAAAGAAAGCAUAGUAUGACAGAUAUAAAUAGUAAUUCUGUACCAGCAAGGUGAUUCCCAAAGAGGUAUCAGCAUGGUGUGCAGUGGGUCCUUAAAAAAAACAGAGGAAACUGGGCAAAUGGAGGACAAAAGAACAAAGCUGAAAAAAUGAUCUACAGGAAAUGAGUAGUAUCAGAAAGUCAUGUCCUUAAGAAAUCGGAGAAAAACCUGACAUGGGACCUUAGAGAUGUAUCUGACAUUUCAUUUGAUCCAUCUUUGGAAAGCUUUAAAAGACUAGAUGACAUGUGUAAAUGCACUUCUCAGAUGUACUCAUGCUUUCUUUGUUUUUAAGUUUUUAAGGUUUGAUCAA